CGUUAUUGUUGUUGUUUAGCCUCAGUUGUGUUUGUCGUCCUCUUGGGUCUGGAUGCAUGAUUCCUGGUUUUAACAUGGAUAUUCUUUUUAGGAGACUAAAUAAGCAAUAUAUCACUUUGGCAGUUCCUAAGGUUCUUUCUGUUCCAUAUUCUUCCUGUUCUUCUUGAAGAUACUUUCUGUCUCCAUCUUCUGAGAAAGAGAUGCUUCCAGAAGCUUGGUCCCUGACCAAGAACUGCUGUAUGGCACCAAAACUAUACCUGGCAAUUACGUUCGGAUUGUACUGCAACUAACUUUGGGUCCUGCCUGGAAAAGAAAGAACCAGGAGUUCUAGCAGCUGUUGCACUGUGGAGUACUGCCAAGUUCCGUCACCAUAGCAACAGCAUCAGCACCAUCCACAUCCUCCUCCUCCUCCUCCUUCUCCUCCUCCUCUUUAGCAUCAUCAGUAUCAGGAAAAGCAGCAGCAGUCCUGGUAGGAGCCAGAGGCUGCAUUGGCUGCAUUUUUACAAAUUGGCUUUGUCGGACUGCUCAGCCGCUACAACCGAGAGAUGCAGCACUCACUACUCUGUCAUUUUCUGGGAGAUGGACAGAUAGAAAAGGAGGGAGAAAGAAAGAGAUGAGAAGAGUGCACUGCAGAGGAGCCAAAGGAUACCCAGGUGAUGAUCUACAAACAUCAUGUCGGAGGUCCAGGGAACUGUCAACUUUUCUGUGGAGCUGCACAAAUUCCAUAAUGUUGAUCUCUUCCAAAGAGGGUAUUAUUUGAUACGUACAAGUCUGAAAAUUUCGGCUAAGAUCCCACAUCGCUUGUCAGCAGUUCUACCUGAACAAAGAGGUGAGACGAUUCUGCAUUCAGCCAGCGUCCAGGACAACAUGGUCUUCAGCCGAGUCUUUCAGAUCUUGUACCGGAAUGAAGAGAUUCUCCUCAACGAAUCCAUGAACUUCUCUGUGCAUCUCCUGCUGGAUGGUGAGAGGGUGGAAGAAGCAUUAAGCGAAGCUGAUUUUCAGCUCAAGCUGGACCUGCUUUUUACAGACAGUGAACAACAGCUGAGAGAUGUCCUGACCAUCCCGGUAAUAAGCAGUCGCACAUUGGGGCUCCACUUCCACCCCAGGCAAGGCCUACAUCACCACGUCCCUGUCAUGUUUGACUACUUCCACCUGUCGGCAGUCACGGUUACUCUGCAUGGCUCUCUGGUGGCUUUGAACCAGCCCCUCCUAAGUUUUGUUCGGCCAGGAAAAUCUUCCUGGCUUGGUAGAGGCAACUUGGAUACGGGACCAGAUUUAACUGGGAUGUCGCUAGAAAAUCUGGUUUUCGGAACAGGCUACUGCAGACCAACAACUUCGGAGGGCAGCUGCUAUGUGCCAUCAGAAAACUGCAGGCAACAUGCCCACAAGUGGCAUAAAGACCUCUGCCUCCUACUCCUCAGUGCCCACCGAGGACUUCAGGGCUACUACGCUACCAUCACAAAGGAGGUUCCCAGUUUGCCACAGCUGAAGUUAGAAGAUCUGGCGGUGGAACAGACGCUAUCACAACUUUCUGAAGACCUGCAGAUGCUGAAUAAUUCAGAAAAGAUAGCAGAGCAGAUCAGCAAAGACGUUGGAUGGCUCUGCUCCCACCUCCUAGCCGUGUGGACCCAAUUUCUGGCAAUUGUAACCCUACAUCCUGACGUCACAACGUACCUUAUUCAAGAGCAUCACACUCUAAGGGUAAAGAGAUUUUCGGAGGCCUUCUUUUACGCAGAGCAUCAGAAAUGUGCUGCAACAACUUUCCAGGAGAGCCUCAUCCAGCAUCACAGCCAGAUUUCAACCGAAGUUCGAUAUUCUGAGUAUUUGACCCGCAUGCCACCACUUCCUGUGGAAUGCCUGGACAUUGAUGGAGACUGGAGCACACUACCAAUUAUCUUUGAGGACCGAUAUGUUGAUUUCCCUUAUCAAGUUCAGGGCUUAGACAUUUUGUCAAACUACAUGAUCUCUGCAGUGGACAAUUCACAAGUGGACCUUGACAGAAAUGAAGAGCGUUCCUCAACCAACGAUAUUGCUUUAUCAAAGGGGGACUUCAGGAACAACAUGCCUUUCGUUAUACAUACGGAUAGGAUACAUAGAAAUUUGAUGUUUCCUUUCGGCUACUCAAAAGGUGACUCUUGUACAGACAAGAAUUUCAAGGCUCAGUCCAUGACUCAGGUAUAUACAAUGAAUGGAAAUGUCCAAUCCUACAUCACUCGGAAAGAACUAGAGAGCAAUGUGAUAUCUAGCUUGGCAUCAGAUCUCCUGGAAGAUCCUUCAAAAAACUUUAAGGGACCAAUGAGCUUUACAGAAAACAAUAAUAGGCUCACUACAGAAGUGCCAUAUUUGGAUAUGGACCCAGUGUUUAAGACCGCUCACCAGAAUCAAUCAAUCCUUGUUAUGAAUGCUCAGUGCGACGCUGGCAAUUAUGAACCUCCUAAACAUGUGGAUGGGAUUAGUUUGAGCCAAGCAGCUCAAAGGGAUUGUUGUGAAUCUACUCUUGCUUCGGACAAACCAAUGUUCACUGAGACACCGGUAGAUCAACGUAGUGAAACUCAGAGGACCUUUGACGUAAUUCCUAAUUUCAACUCCAUUCCAACAACUCCGACAACAGUUGUGGAAGAGUCCAAGUCACACCUGAAGGAGCAUGACAUGGAAAAGCAUGAAGAGGUCUUGACCUCAGGAGUUAUUAAGAGAUCUUCAUCCGUAAUUUCAGAUUCGGGAAUUGAAAGCGAACCCAGUUCGGUGGCUUGGUCUGACGCAAAGAGCAAAGCCUUGGAGUUGACCGGUGAUCGAGAGAUCCUUCACCAGCUAGUCAAAAGGCAUGCAACCCACCGGAAUUCCCUAGAAGGUGGACACACAGAAAGCAAUACAAGUUUGCCAAAUGGCAUCCAAGCCUCGCUGACUUCUAUUAGCUCCUUGCCUUAUGAGGAAGAAGAAAGAGAAGUGGAGCCCAACAAGUUGACCAAAUCAAUCUCUGCUCCUCAGAUCAGCAGUCCCGAGGAACCUGCGGAAGUCAGGGAUAUAUCCACACCCGAUCAAAACAUCUCGGGUGGGCAGUAUGUGGAAAUAGGAAACGCCAGAAUGGUCUCCGUGGGAAAUAUUUCUGCCUGCCAGGAUGGAGGUCCUCAGCUGCCCGGUGCUUUGAUAAUACACCCCAAAUCUGAGUGUAAUACUGCUCACUUACAAGGAAGUGUUCAUGGCUUUCCUGAGAAGGACCAUAAUUUGGAAGCCACAGGGGGGCUACUAUCUCAAGUAGAAUACCAGUUGCCAGAAGAGAGAAGAGAGGAUGACCAUUUAGAAACAGCCAAUCAUUAUUUGGAUACAAACGUUUCUAAUCUGGAGGUGUAUCGCGAGGAUGCGAACUUGAAUCAUGACCACAAUUUGUACGCUACUUUCUCACACUGUGAGAACGAGAUGAUGGACUUUUGCUACACUCAUCCAGACUCAGCAGACUUGGCCUUCACCCAGGGGAACUCUGUUACCUCUCUGGUCAACAGGGACAAUAGAACCGGUGGUAGAGACAUCACACGUUCACAGAAAGUUGAGCUGGACGACCGAUCUGAGUGUGGAUCGUGCAACGUUGAGCUGGACAAAAGAGAUCUGAAGAUUGUAGCCAACAGCACUGGCUUUCAUUCUGCAGUGCCGGAGACCUUGGUGCUUGAGAGUAAGAAGGCCCUGGAGAUAGUCAAUUUAUCUGUUUCUUGCACGGCCACCUGUCUGCCCUUUUCUUCGGUUCUCAAAGAGACCCCUCCGCUGACGGUUUUGUCCUCCAAGCAGGUCACUUCUCCUAUCACUCACCAACCAGUAGGGUCCUUUGGGGUCAUCUCUUGCGAAUCUAGUAAAGUGGGGGAAGAAGACAAUGAACAAAUGCUCAAUUUCUAUCAGGCCAAAGAAACAUUUAAAAAGGAACUGAAGAUUGAAGGAUUUCUGUACAGUGACUUAUCCAUACUAGCUUCUGAUAUCCCAUAUUUUCCACCAGAGGAAGAGGAAGAAAAUUUGGAAGAUGGGAUUCACCUAGUGAUCUGUGUCCAUGGGCUAGAUGGUAACAGUGCAGAUCUUCGGCUGGUAAAAACAUUCAUCGAAUUGGGUCUCCCUGGAGGGAAACUGGACUUCCUAAUGUCAGAAAGGAACCAGACAGAUACCUUUGCAGACUUUGAUACCAUGACGGAUCGCUUGCUGGAUGAAAUCAUUCAACAUAUUCAGCUAUACAACUUAUCAAUAUCACGUAUCAGCUUCAUCGGUCACUCGCUCGGUAACGUGAUCAUCCGAUCAGUACUGACCCGGCCCAGGUUUCGCUAUUACCUCAAUAAGCUACACACCUUCCUGUCCCUCUCCGGACCUCACCUGGGAACGCUGUACAACAAUAGUACUUUGGUUAGUACAGGUUUGUGGCUGAUGCAAAAGCUGAAGAAAUCUGGCUCCCUUUUGCAGCUGACUUUCAGGGACAAUGCCGAUCUGCGGAAGUGUUUCCUUUACCAGCUUAGCCAAAAAACAGGUCUUCAGUAUUUCAAAAAUAUAGUCCUUGUCGCUUCUCCCCAGGAUCGCUAUGUGCCAUUUCAUUCUGCAAGAAUCGAAAUGUGUAAAUCCGCCUUGAAAGACAGACAUACAGGUCCUGUUUAUGCUGAGAUGAUCAACAACCUUCUCCAGCCCGUCGUGGGAGCGAAAGACUGCACUUUAAUCCGUCAUAAUGUAUUCCACGCCUUGCCAAACACAGCUAAUACGCUGAUUGGACGAGCUGCUCACAUAGCUGUUCUGGAUUCUGAACUGUUCCUGGAAAAAUUCUUUCUCGUGGCAGGACUCAACUAUUUUAAAUAGGACCGGGAGCCUCAGGGGAGCACAGAAUGCUUUGCAGAAAACGGCAACCGUUUCUGAAUCAAGGGAGUGCUAUAUUACCAGGAGAAGGGGGGAAAAAAUGGCAUAGGCUAAUGGUGACAUAGCACGCACCUACUCAUACCCUAUUUAUUUGGGGAAAGAAUCAAGUGCUUCAGUUACUAAGCAUUCAAAGGGCCAACUCUUGGUGCUUUUGAGAAGAUGGAAACAUCGCCACAUUCAGUUUCUUUGUCCUUUCUCUCUUUGGUCAUCUACAAUUGUCAUCUUCAAAUGUCAAGAGUCCGAUUCCAGAUCUGCCUCUAUAUAUCUGUGAUGGGAUCAGUAUUUUUUUUCUUGUCUCCUUCAUUAGAAAACCCUCCUAAGACUAAGUCACCUUAGCUGAACUAAUCUUGAGUGUAGGUUAACACAUGCUGGUGGAAACAACCACGAAGCUCUGGUAAAACAAAAACUCAGUAAAAGCUAGUUGUACAUUGUUGUAUAACAUGGUACAGACACAUGAUCAUGUCCUAAAUUUUAAGAGUAAGGGGCCAAGAAAGGACAGAACAGAACAGAACAGAGUGGAAAGCGGAGUUGGAAGGGUCCUGCUCAAGCAGGAAACGCUAUAUCAUUUAUCCAAUCUUGUUUUAAAAACUUCCAGUGUUGGAGCACCCACAAUUUCUGGAGAAAAGUUGUUCCACUGGUUAAUUGCUCUAACUGUCAGGAAAUUUCUCAGAAAAUUCUAGGUUGCUUCUCUCCUUGAUUACUUUCUAUAUAUUCCAUAUCAGGGGUGGGUUCUAAUUUUUUUUACUACCAGUUCUGUGGGCGUGGCUUAUUUUGUGGGCGUGGCUUGAUGGUCAUGUGACAAUUAUUUAGGAUUUAGCAGAGAUAAUGGUCUACCAGGCUUUUAACUGUUUGCAGAGCUCUACCGGUCUACCCAUUUAUUUUUUGCAGGCACUGAUCUACUCAUGUAUUUUUGCAGGCACUGGUCUACCCAUUUGUUUUCUUUUAACACUGAUCAGCUGUAGGGCGGCCCUUUGAAGCCCCGGGGCAAGAGUUUAAACAGUUUUUUUCCCUCUAGCCAUCAGCUGGGACUCAGGAGGCAGCAAUAGAUUGAGGGUGGGGCCAAAUAAAAAGUAAGAAUAACGCUGG